AUGACGUCAACUGGUGGAAAUCCCGACAAACGAUUAGAUCUUGUUCAAAAGACUUAUCAUCUUCAAACAACAAACAAUAAUAUUGAAAAUUCUCCACCAAAUCGUCCUUUAGUUACAAAAGUGUCUAAUCAUCAACCAUCUCGUAAAACGUCUGUUCACGACGUACACGAAGCUAACAACGAUCACUUUAACAAGACAGUAGGAGAAAUACAUGAAGGUAUUGCUCGUUUAAAUGGUGUAUUAGAAACAAUGACAGGCGCUGCUUCUGUUCGAGACGAAUUUGGAAAAAUAAAACUUCAAUUAAUUGUAAAAAUUGCCGAUUUUAUUUAUAAAUUAACAAAUGAUGCUGGAAGAAGAUCAUCGAAUGGUUUAAAAGGAAGUUCAACUAAUUUAACAUAUAAUCCUCAACAUAUAGCGUAUUGUGUUGAAUAUUUUCGAAAUCAACUUAUAAAAGCUAAAUAUUUAUUUUCAUCAUUAACUUUAUCAGCUUCAAUUGGUUCAUCAACUCUUGAAAAUAUUAUUGUUAAAUCUCUUUAUACAAUAAAUCUUCAACAAACAUUAUCAAAUACUCAAGAUGCACAAAAUAUUGAAGAUAUAAUAGGAAUAAAAAAGGAUAUUUCAAAUUUAGAAGAAUAUAUAUCUUUACUCAAUCAACGUUAUGCAAAUCAUAUUGCAGAUUGGCAAACAUUAGAAGAUGGAAUAGGGGGAACGGCGACGAUGACAGGAGAGGAAAAAUUGCUUACUGCUAAUGCUGGAUUUAAUAUUCAACGAUUGGGAGUAAUUNCUGGUUAUAUUUUAUAUACUCAAGCACGAUUACUUAAUCAAUCAUAUUGGAUUUUACCGUUUGUUAUAAAUGCUGACAAAAAUUUUAAUGUUGAUACAACUCGAUUACAAAAACUUUUUGAUCAAAUAUAA